UUGUCAGCCAUUUCCUCCCGGAGCAGGAGGGCUAUUCGCCGCAAACAGAGCUCGGCAGCGCCUGGCUUUCAACCUCCCCCCAAAAAACACACACACACAGCCCCUUAUAGCAUGAUAAAAUAAGGCGGGUCCCUCAACAGACACCCCAGUCAUGGCUCUGAAAAUGGUAAAAGGCAGCAUCGACCGCAUGUUUGACAAAAACCUCCAGGAUCUCGUACGUGGCAUUAGGAAUCACAAGGAGGACGAGGCCAAGUUCAUCUCAGCAUGCAUCGACGAGAUCAAGCACGAGCUGAAGCAGGACAACAUCGCGGUGAAGGCCAAUGCUGUGUGCAAGCUGACCUACUUGCAGAUGCUGGGGUACGAUGUCAGCUGGGCAGCUUUCAACAUCAUCGAAGUGAUGAGCUCCUCCAAGUUCACCUUCAAGCGGAUAGGUUACCUGGCUGCCUCUCAGUGCUUCCACGAGGGGACUGAUGUCAUCAUGCUGACAACCAAUCAGAUUCGCAAGGACCUCAGCAGCCCCAAUCAGUACGACACGGGCGUGGCGCUGACUGGGCUGUCCUGCUUCGUGACCCCAGACCUCGCCAGGGACCUGGCCAAUGACAUAAUGACGCUGAUGUCACACACAAAGCCCUACAUCCGCAAGAAGGCAGUGCUGAUCAUGUACAAGGUGUUCCUGAAGUACCCCGAGUCUCUGCGCCCCGCUUUCCCCCGGCUCAAAGAGAAACUGGAGGACCCCGACCCAGGGGUACAGUCAGCUGCUGUGAAUGUUAUCUGUGAGCUUGCCAGACGCAACCCCAAAAACUACCUGUCCCUCGCCCCACUCUUCUUCAAACUGAUGACCUCCUCCACCAACAACUGGGUCCUCAUCAAGAUCAUCAAGCUGUUUGGAGCCCUCACUCCACUUGAACCCAGGCUGGGAAAGAAACUAAUUGAACCGCUAACAAACCUCAUACACAGCACCUCGGCCAUGUCCCUCCUCUAUGAGUGUGUGAAUACGGUCAUUGCAGUUUUAAUAUCCCUGUCUUCCGGAAUGCCCAAUCACAGCGCCAGCAUCCAGCUGUGUGUCCAGAAAUUGAGAAUCCUGAUUGAAGACUCUGAUCAGAACCUGAAGUACCUCGGGCUCCUGGCCAUGUCGAAGAUCCUGAAGACUCACCCCAAGUCUGUGCAGUCCCACAAGGACCUCAUUCUGCAGUGUCUCGAUGACAAGGACGAGUCCAUCCGGCUCCGAGCCCUCGACCUGCUCUACGGCAUGGUGUCCAAGAAGAACCUGAUGGAGAUAGUGAAGAAGCUGAUGAUCCACGUGGACAAGGCGGAGGGGACGACCUACCGAGACGAGCUCCUCACCAAGAUCAUCGACAUCUGCAGCCAGUCCAACUAUCAGUACAUCACCAACUUCGAGUGGUAUAUCAGUAUCCUUGUGGAGCUCACUCGGUUGGAGGGGACUCGGCACGGCCACGUCAUUGCCUCUCAGAUGCUGGACGUUGCGAUCCGAGUGAAGGCUAUCCGCUCCUUCGCCGUGUCCCAGAUGGCCAUGCUGCUGGACAACGCACACUUGCUGGCCGGGAACACGCAGCGCAACGGGAUCUGUGAGGUCCUGUAUGCGGCGGCCUGGAUCUGCGGGGAAUUCUCAGAACACCUGGAGGAGCCCAUGCAGACUCUGGAAGCCAUGCUGCGCCCCAAGGUGACCACCCUGCCUGGGCACAUCCAGGCCGUGUACGUACAGAACGCCGUCAAGCUGUUCGCCACUGUGCUGGCUCGCCAGGAGGGGGCAGGAGAUAGGCAGGCCGCGCAGGAGACCACAGAGCUGCUCAUUGAGAAACUGCCGCAGUUUGUACAGAGCUCAGACCUGGAGGUGCAGGAGAGGGCGUCCUGCAUCCUGCAGCUCAUCAAGUACAUCCAGAAGCUGCAGGCGAAGGAGGUGAGCGUGUCCGAGGAGGUGAGCGCGCUCUUCUCUGGGGAGCUCAAUCCCGUGGCCCCCAAAGCGCAGAAGAAAGUGCCCAUCCCAGACGGGCUGGAUCUGGACUCGUGGAUCAACAAGCCCCUCCGUGAGAUCGAAUCCGAGGACGAGAAACCCAGAGCCAUCUUCCAAGAGGAGGAGCCACAGCACAGCCGCCCCAGACUGCCCGAGAUAGACGAGAAGGAGCUGGCCAAGCGCCGUGAAGUCCGGAAACAGGAGCAGGCCAGCAACCCGUUCUACAUCAAGAGCUCCCCGUCCCCGCAGAAGGAGACGGCCAGUGUCGAUCACAUCCCUGUUGUACAGAUCGACCUCUCGGUGCCCUUGAAAGUGCCGGGCAUGCCCAUGUCAGAGCAGUACGUGAAGCUGGAGGAGGACAGACGGCAGAAGCAGAAGCAGGACAAGAAGAAAGACAAGAAGAAGAAAGAGAAAGAGAAGAAGCGAGGGAAGGGGCGGCGCCUGGACUCUGUGCACACAGAGAGCGAGGAGGACAUCCCGCCGGCACAGAGUGUGGACAUCAUGACGGAGGAGAUGCCUGAGAACGCGCUGCCGAGCGACGAGGACGAUAAAGACCCCAACGACCCCUACAGGGCCCUGGAUAUCGAUCUGGACAAGCCCCUGGUGGACAGUGACAAGCUCCCAGUAAAGACUCACAGGCCCACGGAGGGGCUGAAAUCCCCCGACCCCGUGGCAGGAGUGGAGGAGCAGGACGAGAAGAGGGGCAGCAAGAAAAUCAAGAAGGACAAGGAGAAGAAGGACAAGGAGAGGAAGAAAAACAAAGAGGAGAAGAAAAAAAAGAAGCACAGGAAGUCUGCUCCUGGGGAGGAAGUGGAAGAGGAGGGGCAAGUUGAAAAGCCCGCCCCUCCAACAGCCCCGCCCACGGAGGACUCUGAUUUGGAUUUCUGGCUUUCCAGCGCUCCAGUGCCCUCUCAGUCCCAGCCCGAGCUAGUGGAUCCUGCCCCCACGUCCGAGCCGGAGGAGCCCAAAGAUGAGGAGGAGAGGGAGGAGAGCAAAUCUUCGAAACACAAGAAGCAGCAGCACAGGAAGGAGAAGGAGGAGAAAUCGAAGAAAAAGAAGAAGAAGAAAAAGCAGCAGCACCAGGAUGAGGGGGAGGGCGAGUCUGUGCAGAACGGGACCCUGGAGGAAGAGGAGGAGCCCCUGCCACCUAUGUCCAACUACUGCCUUCUUGCUGAGAACUCGGACAUUAAAAUGUUCACAAAGGAGCAAGGACCGGUACCUGGAAAGGUGUGUGAUAUCCAGGGGAACCUGCAGGACGGCAGUCAGGUGGUCGUGUCGAUCAUCUUUGAGAACAAGGGCAGCAGCUUCCUGAAGUCCAUGGAGUUCAACGUGAUGGACUCUCUCAACGCCAAGCUGGUGCGGCCUGAUGGAGCCAGCAUGCAUGACGGAAUUGCAGUGCCCUUCCAGCUGCCCCCUGGUGUCUCGAAUGAGGCCCGCUUUGUGUUCACCGUCCAGAGCAUCAUCAUGCCUCAGAAACUGAAAGGAACCCUGACGUUCAUCGUGAAGACAGAAGACGGAUCAUCUCAUGAAAAACUUGAUUUCAAACUGCUCUUUACAUGCACGUCGUACCUGAUCACAACGCCCUGUUACAGCGAUGCUUUUGCUAAGUUGUUGGAGUCUGGUGAACUGAAGACGAAUUCUUUGAAACUGGAAGGAAUAACCAUGCCCUUCCACCACCUCCUUGCAAAGAUCUGCUUCCACCACCACUUCUCAGUGGUGGAGCGGAUCGACUCGUGCUCAUCGAUGUACAGCCGCUCUAUCCAGGGGCAUCACGUGUGUCUUCUAGUGAAAACGGGUGACAAGUGCGUGUCCAUUGAUGCAAAAUGUGACGAUUCGACCCUCCUCAGUAACGUGCUGGGUGAAAUCAAGCUGACGUUUGCUGGGACGUGCUGAUUGUCUUAUUUGAAUUCCGCAACUGUAAAAAAGAUAAAUAAAUAAAUACGUUUUAAAAAAAAAAUCAAAGAGAAAGGCACUAAAUCGAAACAAGACGAGACCCGCUUGCCUCUCCCCGCGCGCAUGCGCUGUAACAGGCAGGCGCUUCACUUUAUACGCAGUCCUUUUGCGGUUUCAGCAUUCUCAGUUUCUGUUUUAAGAAGAGUUUUUUGUUUGUUUGUUUGUUUUUGUUUGUUUUUUCAUGCUUUUCUCUGGAUGUUGAACCUUUUCCAACCCAGGUUAUUUUUUAGUUUGUAUUUUGUCACAUCCCCAGAUUGCUUUCUCUUUCUUUCUUUCUUUCUUUCUUUCCUGGCCUUGUAUCCAUAUCUGUAACUCACUCCCAAGCAAGCGACACAGAAAUCGAAAUAAUGCCUGUCCUAGAGUAUUAAAAA